AUUUAUCAAGAUAAAGAUAUAGAGGACCAUAUUUGGUGGUCCUUAUCUGGUUAAUUUCCAUUCUAUUUCACAGGAUAGAUUAUUUUAUUUUUAAUAGAUGAUAUAGGCUGUGAGUCAAUUAGUUUUAAUACUGGGACUUUUCCUGAUAAAAUUAGGUUUUGUAAAAACAUUUCAAUGUAAAAGUGCAUUAUCAUUGAGUGUAUAUUUUAAAACACUCAGUGUUUAUAAUCUUUAAAUAAUAAUAAAUAUCUUAUUUAAAUAAUAAUCUUCAAAAGAUAAUGAACUCAUACAGUUAUCUGUGAUAAAGCAGUGUAGUUUCCUUAUCUGUAGUAGUUAAAUCUUGACUUCAUGAUACAUUGUUUCAUAUUGAUUUUUUGAAUUUCUUCUUUAUUUUAUAUUUUUAGUUAAUGCAAAUAAUAUCAACACGAUGAAGAUCUAUGUAACGUUGAGUUUUCUUUUGUUCUUUACAUUGUCAGUUUGCUGUCAAAAAAGGAAGUUCGGGAUUGGUACUCCUAAAAUCCCAAAACAUGUAACUAAACUUCCUGAAGAACAAUGGUUCGAUCAGAAAAUUGAUCAUUUUAGGCCAACAGACCUCCGGACAUGGAAGCAGAGAUACUUUGUAAAUGAUACAUUUUUUAACGGUUCAAGCUCAUCUCCAAUCUUUUUAAUGAUUGGUGGUGAAGGGGAGGCUAGUGCUAAGUGGAUGGUUGCAGGGGCAUGGAUAGAAUUUGCUGAAAAGCUUGGAGCUCUUUGCUUUCAACUUGAACAUCGUUUUUAUGGAAAAAGUAGACCUCUUCCGAAUAAGAGCGUAGAGAGCUUAGAAUAUCUUAACAGCGAACAAGCUCUUGGAGAUCUGGCUGAAUUUAUUGGUUCUAUGAACAGAAAAUAUAAUCUUCAACCUGAAAAUAAGUGGAUUGCUUUUGGUGGCAGUUAUCCAGGUUCUCUCGCAGCUUGGGUUAGGUAUAAAUUUCCUCAUCUUGUACAUGCUUCAAUUUCAUCUAGUGGUCCUCUGCUUGCUAAAGCUGAUUUCAAAGAAUACAAUGAAGUUGUUAAGGAUUCUUUAAGUUACUUUAAUAAAGAUUGCGUUAGUCCUGUUAGAUUGGCUAAUAAACACUUGACAAAGCUCUUCCAAGAUCCUUCUGGUGGAACUAUUUUAACUAAAAUGUUCAGGUUAUGUGCACCUCUAGAUAUUGAAAACAUAAAUGAUGUUUAUAAUUUAGCCCAAACCUUGUCUGAUAACUUCGCUGGAAUAGUCCAAUACAAUAAAGAUAACAGAAUAACUGAUUCCCCUACUGCUAAAAUUACUAUCGAUGACAUUUGUAAAAUAAUGACAAGCUCUAGAGUUGACACUCCUUUAGAAAGUUAUGCUGCUGUAAAUAGCAUGAUGCUGAAUCUGACUAAUCAAACUUGUCUGGACUACAAGUAUGACGAAAUGCUCGACGUGAUGAGAAAAACGGAGUGGAGUGAGGAUCCUACAGAUGCAGGCAGGCAAUGGAUUUAUCAAACGUGUGUUGAAUUUGGAUUUUAUCAAACAUCGAGUACUUCAGGUGAAUUAUUCGGACCAAAUUUUCCUUUUGAGUUCUUUCUCAAACAAUGUUCUGAUAUUUAUGGAAGGAGAUUUGACUACAAUCUUUUAGAACACGCUAUAAAUAGAACAAACAAUAUGUAUGGUGAAUUGAAAAUUCGUGCCACUAGGGUAAUGUUCGUUCAUGGAAGCAUUGAUCCGUGGCAUGCUUUAGGAAUCACUGAGUCAAAAAAUCCAAGCACACCAACGAUUUUUAUUAAAGGAACGGCACAUUGUGCUGAUAUGUAUCCCAGUGCAGAUACAGAUAUUCCUCAAUUGAAGGAGGCAAGAAAAGAAAUUUUCUCUCAAAUAAAAAAAUGGUUAAAUGAUAUUUAAGCAGUUAUUGUUUUGUUAAAUAUGUUUUUUCAUUGAAUUAAUAUCUAUGCAAUGAAAUAUUUGUAAACUGUCAUAUGCACUAAUAAUAAGAUAAUUUGAAAGUA